GAAAACGAGACAAGCAAAGCAGCUAAGAAAUUUAGACAAAGACCAAGAAAUACGGACAUAUAUUUCAAGACCAGAUAUGGCCAGGUUGGAUGUCAUAGAGAUGUUUCAUGGUAUUGAUUUUCCUGGACACCUGCACACACAGGAUUCUUUGCAGCUUGCUCUCAAGUUCCCUUUUCAAGACACGGAUAUCCUCAUUGUCUCCUAUCCAAAGUCGGGCACCACAUGGAUGCAGGAAGUAAUAAGUCUAAUAUUGAGCAGAGGGGACCCACACUUGUCCCAAACUGUCCCAAACUGGGCUCGGGCUCCUUGGCUGGAGCAACAUUAUUGUGCUGCGGUACUGGGGGCCUCAUCUACCACACCUCGGGUCAUCACCACACACCUGCCUCAUCACCUGCUGGGCCCCGCCCUCCAGGGCUCCAAAGCUAAGGUCAUUUACGUGAGCAGAAACCCCAAAGAUGUGGCAGUGUCUUUUUACCACUUCCAUAAAAUGGCCAAUUUCCUCCCGGACCCUGGCUCGUUUUCAGAGUUUUUAAAUCAAUUCCUAGAAGGCACAUUGAACUAUGGCUCCUGGUUUGACCAUGUUAAAGGCUGGACUGGUCAGUUAGCAACUAUGAAAAAUCUGCUUCAUAUACCUUACGAAGAGAUGUCAUUGGAUCUUCAUGGUGCCAUAAAGAAGGUAAGUUCUUUCCUCCAGUGCUCCCUGGUGGAGGAUGAGGUGAACAACUGUGUGAAACACUGCAGCUUCAGCAGCAUGAAAGACAACAAGAUGGUCAAUUACACCCUCAUUGAAGAAAAGAUAAUGGACCAUAGCAAGGGCACCUUCAUGAGGAAAGGUAAGGUUGGCGACUGGACAAAUCAUUUCACAGAGGAGCAGAAUCAAUAUUUCGAAAGCGUCUUCAAGUCCAAGAUGCAGGGCUGCACUUUAGAGUUUGUGUGGGAAGAGCGAGAUAAAGAGAAGACACACGGCUAAUGAACAAAUCCCACUGAAGAUUGACCACAGAACUGUGAAAAGCUUUGUGUCGUCAGAAAUAAUUUUUCCCCCUGUGAGAUGGAUACCAAGUGGAUGGUUUUCUCCAAGUCGUAGUUUAAAGGAUAUUAUCUGCUUGAAUCAUACUAACAUGCAAUAAAAAUUACAUAAAACUGCAGAGUUACAAGGGAUGACACUUUAUGACAAUGCAUUGCUCAGUAUACUUAAAUUACUCUUUUUGCCGCCUUGCUUUCAUUUAAACACACAUAUUAGGUGUUCCUAAUAUUUUCCCCCACUUCAUAUAUGUUAAUGGAGUGGACAAAAUAUUAGCAACACCAUUCAGUAUAAUGCACCAGUACACCACCACCACCCAUUUCGACCUCAAUAAUAAACAUAAAAUAGAAUUAUCACC